AUGGCUUCCAACGCUGCCCAGUUCCGCCCCGUCGUGAUCAGUGGCCCUUCGGGCUGUGGAAAGUCCACACUUCUCAAGCGCCUGUUUGCGGAAUACCCUGGUACGACAACAAUUCAGUUCCUGUCCCUACUCGUCCUCGAUCACACUUCUAAUAUAGCAUUGAAUUAUAAAGAUCGUUUCGGAUUCAGCGUGUCCAACACUACUCGGGCCCCCCGCCCCGGCGAGCAAGAUGGCAGAGAAUACAACUUUGUGACUAAGGAGGCUUUCCUGGAGCUGGUCGCUCAGAACGGCUUCAUCGAGCAUGCUCAAUUCGGUAGCAACUUCUACGGCACAUCUAAGCAAGCAGUCAAGGCCGUCGCCGAGAAGGAGCGCAUCUGUGUUCUGGAUAUUGAGAUGGAGGGAGUCAAGCAAGUGAAGAACAGCGAUCUCAACGCUCGUUUCCUUUUCCUUGCUCCUCCUUCCAUGGAGGAAUUGGAGCGUCGUCUGCGUUCUCGUGGAACCGAGACUGAAGACAGUCUGCGCCAGCGUCUGGACCAGGCGGUUAACGAGCUGGCGUUCUCCAAGCAGCCCGGUGCGCACGACAAGAUCGUUGUGAACGACGAUCUGGAGAAGGCCUAUACCGAGCUGCGGGACUGGGUUGUGGACGGUGGCCGUUUCGGUGCGCCGCAAUAA